AUGAUUAGAUUUGCAACUAUAAAUCAAAGAAAUUAUGAUGAUUCGUCAGAUUCAGAAUCAGAAAUUGAAAGGUCAGAUAGAGAUGAUCAAUAUUUAAAUAAUACAAGAGUCGGUAGUACUGGUAAUACAGGUGGAAAAUAUGAUGGUAUAUCGAUUGAAGCUCAAGAGUCUCAAAAUAUGAGAUUAUAUGAAAAUGCAUUAAGAUCUCAACAGAAUAAUGAUUAUUUACAAGCACAACAAUUAUAUCAAGAAUUACUUCAAACUCCAUUAAUUGCAAGAAUCAAACCUACAUCAAAGAAAUCAGUUUUAUCAAGUACUAUGGCUUCAAUUAAAUAUUCAACACUAAAAAAUAUGGCAAAUAUUUAUGAAAUUAUAGAUAAUAAAGAGUUAUCACUAAAGUUAUCUACAGAAGCGGUCGAUUUAGAUGGUAGAGAUGUUUCACUUUGGUACAAUAUUGGAAAGAUUUCAAUGGAUCUUGAGAAAUGGAAUAUAUCUAGAUUUGCUUUAGAACGAGCCAUUCAAUUAUCACCAACUCACUGGUUAUCACUGGAAAGAAUUAUAGAGUUACUUUAUGUUAUUGGUGAUGAUGAAUCCUGUAUUAAUAUUAUCGAUCAAAAAAUCCUACCAUCACAACCAACUCAUUUCAAAGCUCUCAUUGUCAAGGUAUUAAUUCAAAGAAAUAACCCAUCAAAAUUUUCAGAAAUCUCUGAAUUUUUGAAUUAUAUUAAAAAUAAUUCAAACUCUUUAAAUUAUAUUCAAUCAUUAAUUAAAAAAAGAGAAAAAGUUCAAAAUAAACAAUUAUCAGUCAAUACAACAAAUAUCACAAUAAAUGAUUCAUUACAAAAAGAAUUAGAUAAACCAAAAGAAUACACUUUAAAUACACCAACAUGGAAUAGUUUAUUGGAUUUGUUAAAUUUAAUAUAUACAGAAAAAAAAGAAUCAUCUUCAAUAUCAAUUUUUUCACCUAUAGAAAUUAAAUUAAAUUUAUCACAACAAGAAGAACAAAAAAUAAAACAAACUUUAGAAAUUAUUGAAGCAACAAUUGAUGAAAAUAAUGAAACUAAUGAUGAUGAUUUAAAUAAUAAUAAUAUUAAUAAUAAUAAUAAUAAUUUAAAUAAUAACAGUAUUAAUAGUAAUAAUAUAAAUGAAAAUGAAAACGAAAAGAAUCAAACUAUCGAUUUGGUCGAAGAAGAAAAUAAAGAAAAUAAAGAAAAUAAAGAAAAUAAAGAAAAUAAAGAAAAUAAAGAAAAUAAAGAAAAUAAAGAAAAUAAAGAAAAUAAAGAAGUUAAAGAAGCUAAAGAAGUUUUAGAAAAAGAUAAAGAAUUAGAACCAAACCAACAAACUGUUUUAGCUAGUAGUAGUGGUUCAAUUCCAACACGUUCAUCAAUGCCAAUACCUCCAACUCAAACAACUACAAUUACAAGUAGAAGAAUGGAAAGAGCUAAAGCAAUUUCGAAACAAGAAGAUAAAAUAACUGAAAUCGAUGAUUAUAUAGAUAAAUUUAUAAAUAAUAAUAGACCAAUUUCAUCAACAAUAUUAAAUCAAUUAAGUAGUGACGAACUAUCAACUUUAAAUAGUGAUGAUGAUAAGAAAAAAGAAAAACAAUCUGCUACUACCGCUACGAUAGCUUCAACCAAAUCACAAUUAAAAUCAAAUGAAAUUGAAAAAUCCAGUAUUUAUAAAUUUAUUAAUCAAAUGAAUGAAAUUACAAUUAAAGAACCAAAUUUAAUGGUAUCAAUUAUUGAUUGGAUGAUUGAAACUUUAAAUUAUAUUUCAAAAGAAGCAACUUUAUACAAUCUCCCAGUAUUAAUUAAUAGUAAAAUUUUAAAAACCAAAUCCAUCAUCGAUCAACAUAUAGUUUGUGGUAAAAACGAUUAUCAAGAUUAUUAUUUAUUGUUAUCCGAGCUAUGCUUUGAUAAAUACCAAUCAUUUUUAUUAGAAAAGAAAAAGAAACAACAAAAAUCUUCAAAGAUAACUAUAAAACCAAAUGAUUCAAUACCAUCAACACAAAUAUCACCAAAUUCAUCAAAUAAUAAUAUACCAAUUGUAGCCAAUACAACACCAUUAAAAGAAAACCAAGAUUCCUAUUUACCAAAUCAAGAUUUAUCACACUUAUCAUACUAUCUACAAUUAUUAAAUUUAAAGAAAUUUUUAAAACCAUUAAAAUUAUUAAAAGAUCAAAAAGAUACCAAUGAUACAUCAACUGCCACUAUCAGCAAUGAGGAUGAAAUUAUGAUGGAUGAAAAAGAAAAAGAAGAACUUGAAAAGGAAAUACUGUUUGAAUUAAGAUAUCAAUGGUUGUUAGCAAAUUAUAGUAUGAAUGUCAUGGGUGAUAUUAAUAUGUCAACACUGCAUCUAAGAGAAUGUGAACAUCUUUUCGAAGAAUAUAAUAAAAGAAAUUUCAAAAACGGUUCAUUGGAUUAUUUUUCAAUUGGCCAUUGUAAAUUUGAUAAAAUAAUUUCACCAUUAAUACUUUCAGAUAAAAUUUCAAAUCUCCAAGAUCAACAGGAAAAGAAUGCAGCUGGUCAAUUAUUCAAUUCAAAGAAAUAUGACUCUGUUAUUGGUUUAUUAGAGCCACUGUUCCCAGAUUCAUUAUGUGCUUUAGAUUUUGCUCCAAUUAUACCCACCGUUCCUCCCAGUAGUACUACAGUGGCCCCCAAUCUUACUCUUUUUGAAUUUAAGAAUAAAGAUCAUUUGGACUCUGAUACUAAAUCAAGAUUAAAUAGAAUUGACCUUUUACUCCAGUCAUAUUUAAAUGUUUCAAAUAUUAGAGGUAUCUUAAAGAUGACUAUAGUUUUACUAAGAGAACUUUCAACAUUUAUAAAUCAAACUGAAUUAAUAACAAAUUAUAUAAUAUUGGUUGAAAAAAUAUUUAAACAUGAAAAUAUGGUAUCAAUAGUUUUAGAUGAAACUCAAUCAACAUUAUUAUCAAUUUUAAUUAGAAUUAUUUUUAGAUAUUAUAAAAAAAUUGGUACAUAUCAAUUAUUAGAAUUGUUUAUAGAUAUUUAUCAAUUCGAUUUAUCAAAGAAAUUACAAACGUAUCAAAUGUUACCACUAUAUACAAUGUAUCAUAGUGAUAUUGGCAAAAAGAAAACCUGUCUAAGUAUGGAAAAUAUUAAAUUUUUAAAUAACUAUAGCGAACUUUUAUUCAAGAUUUUAAUCGAUGAAAAUGAUGUUACUCAAGAGAUGAUCAAAAUUUAUGGUAGUGAUAUGAAAACAGAACAAAUGGCCUUAAAGUUUAUUACAGAACUAUGCCAAUGCUAUUACUGUCUCUAUGGUAUCAAAUUAAUAACAUCUUUAGAAGAGCACCAAACCAAAAAUGCCAAUCGUCAAUCUUUAGAAGGUCCAGGUAUCUAUAUGCAACUCUUUAUUAUAAUGAAGAUUUUAUCAAAUGACGAAGACGAUAUCAAUAUUCCAUUAAAUCCAUUCAUCAAUAAUCAAAAGGUAUUAAAUUUAAUUUGCCAAUACUCAAACAAAAAAGAAUUUAAAGAUUUGACCGAAAAGAUUUAUUUAAGAUUCCCAGAACCACCCUCUAGAGUUACAAAAUACAAAUCAAUAAUAAAUGACUAUCUUAGUGGAGCUAUUAAAGAACUUACCGAAGAAAGCAUUAUAGAUGUCUACACACCACCAAAGUUUGAUUUCCCUAUCCUUUUUGAUAAGAAUGAUUCUCUUGAUACCGAUAACCCCAUCUUUGAUGAUAUAUUCACCGAUAUUUAUUAUAUGUAUGCUCUACAACAAGAAAAAGAUCAAGAGAAAUAUAGGGACCUUCUAGUUAAAGAUCUUUAUUGUAACCCAAUAAGAAUCGACUCUUGGUUGGCUUUGUCAAAAUCAUACUCUGAUGAUUUGGUCGACUUGACAAGUUCUGAUGGUAUUUUAAUUAGAUAUCCAGAUUCAAAAACUACAAUUUCUGUUCCAGCAGAUAAAGAUCAAACUAAUCAAUCGGAGGCAAUGGUUAUAAAUGAUGAAGAUAAAAGUAAAGUGGAAGAAGAAGAAAACCAAAACAAUGUAUCAAUGGUCGAAGUUGAAGAGGAUUUAGAAGUUGCCAUCAAUAGUUUGUUCAAAAAAUUAAAGAUUAUCUUAAAACAAAUUACCAAAAUUACACCAAAAGAAAAAUCAUUUAGAGAAUUAGCAUUUUUAAUUUAUGAAAAACAUUAUUUUGUUAGAAAGAAUAAAGGUGAAGAAGAAUAUAAUAAAAAGAUGCAGUCACUUUUUAGAAAAUCCCUUUUUUACUUAGAUCAGGUGUUAGAAGUUAAAAAGAAUGAAGCUAUUGAGGCAAAGAAGAGCGAAUAUCAAAUUGAAGAGGAAUCAUUUUUUUAUCAAGUAUUUAAAUCAAAACUUGAAAAAAAAUUAGGUGAACCACCAUCAGUUUAUUUAGAAACAUUAUAUAAAACAAUUCAAAUUUUACCUAAUGCCGUAAAAGGAAAAACCAAUCAAAUUUUACCACUAUAUCGUCUACAUACCGAAAGAUUAAAAUUAUUAUUACCACUUGAUAGACCAAUUAAUGAAGAAUUAUUGGAUAUUUUGGAGCAAUAUAAUUUCAUUCCAAAAACAACAACAACAACUAAAGAUCAAACAAAGAGUACUGAUGAAACCAAUGAAGUUAUUGAUUCACCAAAUAGUAAUGACAACGAAAACAACAACUCAACAGAAUCAAACCCAAUACCAGGCUCAACAGAAACAUUAUCAUCAACCGACCCAUUAAAUACUGAUGUUACUAUUAAAGAGUUAAAUCAGAGUGGUACCACCGAAGCUAUUGAAAAAGAAGAAACCAUUGAAGAAAAACCAUCUUUAGAAAGUAGAAGAGAUGCUCUUAUUGAAAACUCGUUAGCCGCUUUGGUUCAUUGUAGAACAAUCGUUAGUUAUCAUCAUCAAGCUAGUUACCGUAUAGUAUGGGCCAUUAGAUAUUAUACUAGAAAAGAAAACUAUAUUUCAAACUCACUUCAAGAAUGUAUUAGAUUAUUCAAACCUAGACUCUCAAGAUUAUCUAAAGCAAGUGUUUGGUCGAUUUGGAGCGAUGAUCAAAUUGGAGGUGGUAAAUUAGAUAGGUUCUCAGUUAAAUAUUAUAAACUUUUUACCCAGCUAUUGGAGGAAAAUAAUGAUAUAAAGAAUUUAGAAAUCGUUUUCUUUAAGAUUAAAAAUGAUCCAAAGUUUCAAUCAGAAGCAAAUCAAUGUUUUAUUUCGUGCUGUAAUGUUUUAAGAAAUAUAGUUUUAAUCAAAAAAGAUCCCAAUCAACAAUCACAACCAAAUAUAGAUUUGGAGUCAAUAUUAAAAUACGAAUGGGAACUUUAUAAUGACAUGCUAUCUUUAUUUCCUUCACACAAAAAUAUUAUUCAAAACUUAAUUAUUGAAUCUUGGGAUUUCUCAAAUCAAAUUAAUAACAAUUCUCCAUCCAAAAACCAGUCAUUUGAUGAUAUUAUUUCAAUUUUUGAAAAGAAAUUUUCAAGAACUGAUAAAAGAAAAAAGAAACCAAUAGAAGAUGUAAUCCAACCAACAACUAAUAAUAAUCUAUCAUCAUCUGGAAAUAAUAUAGCAACAUUAAAUAAUAAUAGUAAUAAUCAUAAUAAUAAUUUUAAUAAUAAUGAUGAACAAAAAUUAAAGAGAUUAAGAAUUGAAUAA